AUGUCAUCUCUGCUGCUCGAGGAAAUUCUCAAACUCGACGACCUCAUUAGCCCGGAUGGCAUGAGGGGAAUCCUCUCUGCCCCUUUACUUAAACUCCGCUACGUGGAUCAGCAGGUUCGUCUGUACAACGAACUAGGACCCCAUGAUACCGGACUCCCCCGAGCCGUUUACGACGCGGCGCAAAUCUCCAUCGCGAAUGGCGAUCUAGCGCGCGCGAGAAUUUUUGUUGAGAAAGCGGUAGCGGGAUGGACGGUCCUGCAGGGUGCGCAUAGUCCGCGUGUGUUGCAGUAUACAGCGCUGCUGCGAAAUCUGGAGAAGCGCGAGCUGUAUGGGAUGUCGCAGAAGUGGAAGAUGGCUGUGCAUGAGGUUCCGACGGCGCUUGCGGAGGAAACGUGGGAGAAGUGGUUGUGGAGGAGGAGGAAGAAGAAGAAGAAGAAGAAGAAGACUAGGAGGCCGGGGAAAUCCCUUAAUUGUGGCCCUGGAGGAGAGUAA